UCAACCCGAAUACCCGGACUAUCCAACCCGUAUACUUCGGAUAGGUCUCUAAAUGAUCCAAACCCGAAUACUAGCAUUAAUUAUCCGAAUUCAGAGUUUAAGGCUUUUGAUUUGCUGGAAGAUGGCGAUAGGAUUGAAGGAUUUAUCAUCUUUUCAAGCGGCUUCGUGUUAGCAGAAUGUAGAGGUUAUUCGCAGAAGUUGAGCUUGAUUCAUACGGAGAUUGAAUCUCCAGUUUCUGCUUCGAACAAGCGAUAUCGUGAGCCAACUUCUUUAAGCAAAAAGACUUCUCCACGCGGGCUUUGCGGACAGCUUUCUGCAACCGAAAAUGCCAUGAGAAAAGCUACACAAGAGAGAAGUAACAGUGAAGUGAGGAUGGAGUGGCUCCGUGGUGAAGAACUGAAGAGAAGAAAGGAAAUGACUGAAGGUUUCAGCAAGAACAGGCUUGUAAGGAUGACUCGGUUUAAAGCUUGUUGCAAGUGGCAGAGUUGCUCUUCUCCAGUAAUCUUCCGAGGAGAGUUCGAUUACUUCUGUGCGUCCUGGCAUGAUAGGCUUUCCGGCGAAGAGCUCGGUGAGAAUGCAGCCGGCGCUCCACAGUGGCACCGAGCAAGAGCUCAGGCGCUCUGUACCAUAAGGUUACAACGCGACUUGUCAGCUGCAGAUCUCGAUCACUCCGGGGUUGCAGCAAGACCUGCAAGAUCGUGUUCCAUGUACUCAAAGACAAGGGUGAUCAAGCUUACGAAGAAUAAGAAUCUCCCUGGCCAUGAACCGGACACUCUCUGGAUCCAUAUUCACAAACCGAACCUUCUUCAUCGCCACAAUCUUUCCCGUUUCCAGGAAUCUGCGCAGCGAGGAACCCAUCCUUUGAUAGCUUCUCCGGCAACAGAAGCCAGCCAAGACGGCCAUUCUGCGGUGGCGGGUUCUGUUUUAAUUCCGGCCAAACUCCCUGGCUGCUGUGUAGGCUGCGCCACGGGGAUAGCCGUGAGUCUUCUGGUGGGGUUCUUGGUGGGAGCUCCGAUAACAACGACUGGUUUAUUAUUGCUGUUUCGAUCAGAUGACGUGGAGGGACGACGCACCACUGGGUAACCAUUGGCGACGACGGUGAUGGAAGCUGUAGGAGUGGGACGUGUGAAAGAUCCUUCCUUUUUGGAUGAAGAAGCUGACGACGACGGUGGAUGAGGGAUGAGAUGAAGGAUGGAUUUGCUGGAAUCUAGUAGGUCAUUGUUGGCAACGGCGGCGUUUGGAGAACGCGCGGUGGCGCAAAUACAACCCAUUUACAAACAAACAACCAUUCAAAACUCCUACUUAAUGGAAGAAGCUUGAGUUUUGCCGAUUUGCUUUAUCUAUUUCUCUACUCUGGAGAUAUGGUCGGCGACCAAAAACUCUCAUCUUUUUUGUUGUCUCUCUCACGUUUUUGUGAGUUUGUUGUCAUAGAAAAAUGGAACGUGCGUGCCACUCAACUAUGUCUCUUUGUUCUUCCUUAAGAGUCAAACAAAUAAUGAUGAGGCGAUCAAAGGAAUCUCAACAGCCUGAUUUUUGUCUUUCUUCCGGUCGAAAUUGGGUCUUAUUGGUCUCGUUCAAUGGGCCCAUUUCCACUUGCAAAGCCCGGCAACAAUCAUUUCUUGGUUAUUCUCUAGAAGAAGAACAACCAGAA